UUAACAUGCCUUUCAUCACUUCCACUUUGUAUCUUGUAGUUAUUAAGUGAUUCAUAAAUCAUGGGUGGUAAACGCUUGAGUAAAGGUACAAUCAAAGGACAAAUGAAGUUGAAAGAUUUCAUGAGUGCAAAAUCUAGUGAAUCAAAGUUUUCAUCGUCGAAAAGUAAAGUGAAAAUCAAAUCAGAGUCUAAUGAUAAGACAAACGUUUCAACAGGUUCACAACCAACGGUUAAAAAUGAGUUUUCAACGUGUUUAAAUGAUCAUGAAUGUUUUGCUCUGAUUCUUGGAUAUAUGAUUGGACAUGAAUCACGAUACAAGCCAUACGUUCUUCGUGUUAACGUUAAUUGUGUAGCCAAUGAAAGUGAUAACAGAGAAAAUGGACGAUAUGUAACAUUCAAGUGCUUUGGUUUCAAUUGUUUUGGUAAAAUCAUUUCAGCUUCAGUGAACAUGUCGAAAGUUGAAAGCGCCAUAACUAUGACACGUGAAAAGCUUCAUUCACUCGACAAGAACUUGGUUUUAUGGGACCAUGAAGAUAUAAUUUAUAAUGUCAUGAAUCUGACAAUGCUUGAUGCUGCUGACUUAGAAAUGGUUCAAAAAUCAAAAAUAUACCAAACACUCGACAUGAAAAAACAACUCAACCAAAAGUUGGAAACACAAAUUGAUAGAAUACCGAAUGAAUCUUUUAACAAAGGAAUGAAAAUUAGCAAAACAAAACAUGACAACGUUAAUGUAAAUUCAUUAUCAGGUGAAUCAGCUGGCACUGCUUUUGUGAAGAAAGAGCCAAGAUUGAGGAUGCAUGAUCCUGAAAUAUUAAGGUCAAUCAUCAUGAAAAAAGAAGAAUCAAAGAAAAGAAUCGAAAGUGAUAUAUCAUCAAUUAUGGAUCGCAUAAAUGAACUGAGCCCACUAAUCAAUGCAACUGAUAUAUGUUCUAUCAUGGUAAACAAAAUAGUUGAUUUCAUGAAAUUGUUGAAUGAAAAAAUACAGAUAAUGGAUGACUUGAGACAUAAAGAUUUCGCUGUCUUCAAAACAUCAAGAUAUAAUGUCAAUGUUGACUCAGAUAAGGGUGUUGUCAUGGUACCUGGAAUAAGAACAGGAUUUCCUGUCGAUGGAUAUGCCACUGCCAUGACACGAGAGAAGCCAAAACAUGUUGUUUCGAUUUUGAUGAGAAAAUGCAUCGACCCAUCACUUAAAGAAGGAGCAAAAAUACGAGAUGAUUAUGACAAAAAUAAUUUCAUCAUGAGACUUGGUGAAUCACACUUGACAGGUCAUGAGAAAUACAAAAGCGGGAAGAAUGAAAUAGAUAAAAUAAUAGAUUUUGCUCAUCAUUUACGAGGAAUUCAAGAAUAUGGAAUGAAUGAAUAUAAAGCUUGCCUCAGACAAGUCCGUAAAGCACUUGAAGACUUCAAUCGUCCCGAUAGAGCUGUCAAGAAACCUAAAAAUGAAACAAUAAUCACGAUUGAAGAUGACGAUGAGAAAACUAUGAAAAGCGUCAACAAGAAAUUCAUGUUGGAUGAGCCAUCAACAUCCAGGAAAACAUCAUCCUUUGAUUAUGAUGAAGAUGAUAAUUUUUCAAGAUUCCCGAGUUCAUUGUCAAAGAAAAGAUUUUUCGAUGAUGAAACAAGUUCAGCAAGUUCUAAUGAAAGUGAUUCAUCUACCAGACAUUAUGAACCGAAGAAAAAAUACAGAAUCUCAGAUCAAGAUUCAGAUGCUGAAUAAUUGAACAUUCAAUCUUUUUUGUUAUACUUGUUAU